AUGUUCCCGCCACCGUGCGCGCGCGCGCGCGCCGCGUCGUCCGCGCGAUCGGUCGCGUCCGCGGCGUCGCGUGCGUACCCGCGGGUGGCGAUCGUGGGUGGGGGGGUGUCGGGGGUGUCGUGCGCGUGGCGCGCGCGGACGGCGAGCGACCGCGCGGCGACGGUGGACGUCUUCGACGCCGGACGCGCGCUGGGCGGACGCGCGUGCGCGCGACAUGGGGGUGGUGAUGCGCGGUGGGAUCACGGAUCGCGGUGGACGCGCGAUGGGACGGGGGGUGAGGGGCUGGGGGUGGAGGCGUGGACGGAGGCGCUGGAGGCGCGAGACGCGACGCGGACGUGGCGCGGGACGUUCGGACGAGUAUGCGCGUCGCGUGGGACGUUCGUGCGCGAGGAGGAUGUGAUACGACGCGUCAUAGCGAGGACUGGGGGGUGGGAUGAGGCUUUGGAGGAUAUUUUGGGGGAGUGCGGCGCGCGCGCGCGGACGUCGGCGCGCGUCGUCGAAGUGCGUCGCGACGCGCGAGGCGGAGGGCUGAGCGUGCGGUGGUCGGACGCUUCGAAGAAUGGGGAAGAAAAUGUCGAAACGGGGUAUGAUGUGGUGGUUUUUGCCGAUAAAAACAUCGCGCGCGCGGUCGGGGUGAUGGACGGACUCGACGCCGAGGACGUGGCGCGCGAGAUGCGAGCGGUGGAUUCGGCGCCGUCGCUGGCGCUCAUGGUGACGCUCAACCGCGCGCCCAUGGUCCCGUUCGUCGGUGCCGAUGUAGAUAAUGACUCCACGCUCUCGUGGAUCGCGAACGAAUCGUCGAAAUCGGGAAGAAACGCGAGUACGAACUGCUGGAUCGCGCUCUCCACGGAGCGAUACGCUCGGGAGAAAGUCACGCCCGAGACGUCGGCGACGCGUCCCGGCUCCCCAGAGUGGGCAGCGUGGAUCGACCAGGUCGCGGACGAAAUGUCCGCUUCGUUCAUACGACUCGUUCGUCUCGCCGAGGCGAGCUCGCCGACCGCGGCGGCACCGUUAGAGAUAACGUUUGCUCGAGCGCAUCGCUGGGGCGCCGCCUUUCCACUCGCCGUCGCGCGCGGCGCGAGAGUGAAUAAAUUCUUGCGCUCCGCCACUUCGGGCGCCCUCGUGUACGCCAUAGGUGAUUACUGCGCCGAGCCCGUCGGGACCGUCGAAGGCGCCGUCGCGAGCGGUCUCGCGUGCGCCGAUGACAUCCUCGCCCGAUGCUUUGAGGCCAACUCCAAACUCUAG